AGAUCACAUGGAGGAGGAAGAUAAUAUAACAAAAACGAUUCCUAUUUCCUCAUUACCUUUCCUUCCUCAGAAAGGAUUUUCCUCUUCCUCCACAUACGUGUCUCACCUUGCUAAUCUCCUUUCUCUGUUUCUGUCUUCAGAUACUGUCACCGGAGAAGCAGAGGAAUUGACAUGGAGUAUAUUUCUCCACUGACAAAUCAUCCAACGGCUGGCUCCAGUUAUGAUCAGUCGCGGCGUAAGCGUAAGAAGAAACCAACGUCACCAUCACCGUCGCAUUCUUCGUCUCAAUCUUCGGUGCAGAAAUGGAGAUCCGAGAAGCAGCAGCAAAUCUACUCGACUAACAUCAUUCAAUCUCUAAGGGAACUACGUAUUAGCGCCGCCACCGAUGCAUCUGGUAAGCUCUCUCCUCGCGGCGGAGGUAUAGCCGUACGUGACGCCGCUUACAGGUCUCUGGCGGUUACGGCGAGAGGCAGAACACUGUGGAGCCGAGCUAUACUAUCUAAAGCCGUUAAAGUGAAGCUCAAGUUUAGGAAACAUAACCGGUUAAGAACUUCGAAUCCUCCUCCCACGGUGGUUUCGAUAACCGGGAAUAGCCGGUUAAAGAAAAAGAGAGCAACGGUUUUGAGGUUGAAGGGGAAGGGGUUUACAGCUGUACAGAGGAAAGUGAAAUUGCUGAGCCGGUUAAUCCCCGGAUGCCGGAAACAACCAUUACCGGUGGUUUUAGAAGAAACUACUGAUUACAUUGUUGCGAUGGAGAUGCAGAUUCGUGCUUUGAAUGCCAUUAUCUCCGCCGUUGGCUCCAGCUCGGCUGUGCCGAAGACAGGUAAUGAUGGCGAAGAGACACACAUGCUCGAUUAGCUUGGCCCAGCUGUCUUUUUGUAUUUUUUUCUGUAUUAAAAAAAUAUUUGUUUAUUUGAUCAUGAUUUCUGUCUGCUAUUUUAAUAUUGUGACUUUAUAUUCAACUCUUCUUCAUUUAAAUAAAUAUGUAUGUCCAUCGUU